AUGGCUGGGCCGAUAGUCAUGCAACAACUGGACGAGCCGGGAAUUUCUGGCCGGACAACAAACAGCAUAUGCAGAAGUGAGUGGGAGAAAGAACAACCACGAGAUGUGGCGCAGCGCGGAGUACAGCAGCAAGAGAAGAACACUGGAGCCGUGGCUCAGCAACGAGUGAACUCCAUACUCCGGCAUAGUGUACUCCGUGAGAAAGAGUGUGAGGCGUGUGAAACCGCGUGUCAGAUUGCUCUUGGCCCGGCCUCUGACAGCGAUAUGCACGGUUGCUCCGGGCGUUUCAAAGCAGAACGCCAACCUACCGGCCACGGGCUGGAGUUGUUUGGGCAAUUCCCCUGGCGACGCUUCGGCGGUAAGAAAGUUGCUGGCACUGAUUCAUUGAGACCCAGACGGAGUGGCGAAAAUGCCAUGGCGAUUUCUGGUGGUGCUUUUGGUAUAGUGGGCUUCGGGGCGAACAGGGUCUCUUAUGGUAGAGCUUCUGAGCUUCUGACAGGCCCAUCAUCAGCCCCCGGUUCACCUGGUAGCGCUUGUCUGCUCCCUGGGGGACGCGCCUCCCAGAGCUUCAAGCGGAGGCAUGCCUCGUCACCUUCACCGUCGCACCCUCGACAACCCUCUUCCACGAAACCAAACAUCAUCACCAUCACCCAAACAGACAAGAUGCCUCACUACCACAGCAAUUCCGGCUCGAGCAGCGGCGGUGAAAGAGUCUAUCACAACCCGCGACGAGAUGCUCGUGGCCCCAAAGACCCUCGUCCUAUCCCCAAGCGUGAAGUGGUCGUCAUCCACCACCACGCCGCGACCCAAGACGAUCCUAUACGGACAUCAGGCAUGGCCCACAACAAGUGGAGGUAG